AUGGCAGCCGCAGCAACUUCAUUGACCUUCUCUGCAUUCUCCUGCGCCACCAAACACCACCACAACUACCUCCCACUCGCCUCUUCAUCUUACUCUGUCAAUCCCAUUAGAAACCUUCGCUCCCGUCUCCUCCACCAUCACUCCAUCAAAACCUCCACUAUCACCGCCAUUAUCUCCGUCGGAGACAAGCUCCCAGAAUCCACCUUAUCCUACUUCGACUCCGACGGCGAACUCCAAACCACCUCCAUCUCCGACCUCACAAAAUCCAAAAAAACCAUCCUUUUCGCCGUCCCUGGAGCCUUCACUCCGACUUGUUCCCAGAAACACCUCCCUGGGUUCGUCGAGAAAUCCAGUGAGCUCAAAGCGAAAGGCGUCAAUACAAUCGCUUGCAUCUCCGUCAACGACGCGUUUGUGUUGAAGGCAUGGAAAUCCGAUCUGAAAAUCGGCGAUGAAGUGUUGAUACUGAGCGAUGGGAAUGGCGAUUUCACUAAAGCAAUUGGGUGUGAAUUGGAUCUGAGCGAUAAUCCGAUUGGAUUAGGGGUUAGGUCAAGAAGGUAUGCGAUGCUUGUUGAAGAUGGUGUUGUGAAGGUUCUGAAUCUUGAAGAAGGAGGUGCUUUUACUUCCAGUAGUGCCCAGGAUAUGCUUGCUGCUCUUUGA